UCUGCUUCUAGUCCAUAUAAAUGUAUACAUUAUAGUAUUUAGCAUUAUAGUAUUAUUACGAUUAUGUGUACAUUUGGUGACUUUUGACUCGCAAGUGUAGAGACGAACAAAGCUUCACGAUUCAGGAGGGAGAGAGAGAGAACAGGAAAGUCUGUUCACAUCCUCGUCUGCAGCUGCGUGUAGAGUAUCCUCCCUUUGCCGCAGCGCCCGAGUUUCCUCUCUUUUGCCGAGGAUGACAGCGCAAAGCUCGGGCUGCGCUUUUAUCUCUCUUUACUCGACAAAGACAACGACUCAAACUACAACGAGGACGAGGACGACGACAACGACGAGGAUCGACUGAAGAAAGAAAAGGAAAAUAUUCGUUACAAAUUGCUGUGUGUCUCGAAAAGUACUCGAGUAUCGAUAAAUAUACAAGUGCUGGGAGCUUCGAGGCUGAGCUUUGCUCUAGCUGCGGGCCCAGAGGAUCGCAGUGAAAGCUCGAGUGUGAGUGUGUCCGUGCAUCGAGGCUCGCGCGUGUUUGAGUCCAGCCGUCUAUAAACCCAUACAAUCGUAUAACGUGUGUCUCGGUAAAGAUGUGCGAGUGCACUGCGCGAGUGUACGUACGAAUGUAUGCGUAGGCACACUGCUAUAUAAAGAGCAAGAGAGCGAGUGAGUGAGCGAGCGAGAGAAGGAGGGAGAAAGAGAGGAGGUCAUAUCGAUCGUUCGGGUGGGUGGAGGAAGAGGACUGCGACUACGACUACGACUACGACUGCGACUGCGACUGCGACGACGGCCAGCCGGAGGAGGAACGAGAGAGGACCAGUUUUGGAAAAGAUGAUGACCAAGAGGCCGAUGACCAGGAGGAAUGUCGCAUCGACACAGGCGUGUACGGAAACGAAACCGCAACGAUGAACAAAUAAUAUCUGUCGCAGUGGCAUUGUUAGUGCGCGCGCGAGACUGAGCUUGCGGUACGCUAUACGAGUGAAGUCGAGCUUGCCGCUCGGAACAGGAGCAGCAGCAGCAACAGCGGCAGCGGCACAAGGGGCAAAUGAUAACGAGCACUGGGUAGCAAUUUGGCCGCCAGGAGUUAAAUGUCGCCAGGGCGCAGCUAUGCCAUAGGCCUGAGCAGUAGCAGCGGCAGCAGGCAAAUGCACCGGCUCAAAUCGCUGCAGCUCGAUCGCUAUCCGCUGCUGCUGGUGCUGCUGUUGACGCUGUUGACGCUGUUGGCCGGGCCUACGAGCAGCAGCAGCCGACUCAGUGAGCACAACAACGGUAACAACAACAACAACAACAACAAGGAUCAUCGUCGUUACGGGGUGGCAGCAGCGGACGUCGCUUCGGGCCCAAGAGCGACCGUCAGCCGAUCCUGCAGGCCCAGCGAGUUCAGUUGUCUCGGCGGCCCGGCCAGGUGUCUGGCGCACGACAAAUUCUGCGAUGGAGAGAACGACUGCGACGACAAGAGCGACGAGCCACCUUAUUGCACUCCCUGCAAUCGCACACUGUACGGCGACGUCGGCCGUACCUACGAGCUGCAGAUACGUCGACCGCGAGAGGAGAGGCUGCCCUUCUUGUGCCACAUCAAUUUCACUGCAGCUGGCAACGAUUUGGGCGAUCUCGUUCAGCUGACUUUUGAUACGUUUACGGUGGGCCGUUUUCUAUCCUUCACCUCGGACGGCUGUCCCGACGGCCACAUGAGCAUUGCCGAGAAUAACAGACCGGCGACGGGUGGCCAGUGGUGCGGCAGUGCCUGGGGCUACACCGUCUACUACAGCGAGACCAGUUCCAUCAAUCUGACUUUGUUCCUAUCUCGCCUUUCGGGACAGGGCAACGACUACAACUUCGACUUCAAGCUGUCGUACAAGUUUUUGCGUCGCAGCGAGGCGCAUCUGCGCUACGGCAACAGUAGCCUCAGCACUUGGCGCGGAGAGCUCGUCAACGACACCUACUGCGAUCGAGUUUUUACCAGGUGCGACCAGAGGGCCUGCCGACUGCAGUCGCCCAACUACCCGGGCGUGUAUCCGCGCAACGUCACCUGCUACUACAGGAUCGAGCAGAAGAGGGCGCCAGCCGGACAUCGGGCCCUCAUCGCCGUGAGCCAGCGCAACAGUCACAAGAUACACAUAAAGGACCAGGUCAACAAGUACGAUACGAGCCAGCGAACUCUCAGAGUUUGGGACCAGUGCAACGUCGUGCAGGACUACCUCACGGUCUACGACGGCGGCUCGAACGCCGACCGCGUGCUGGUGCGGCUCUGCGGCGGCGACGCGGUCCCGGACAUCGUCGGCAGCCGAGACACGAUGCUCCUCGAGUUUCACACCUCGCCCUACGACAAUCCCUUCCAUCCAGUUCCGCUCUCUUUUCUCCCGGGCUUCGAGCUCGAGGUUCAGGUAAUCUUCGUGGACGAGCGCUCCUCGGCCAGCUUCGUGUCCAAGGACAAGGAGAAGUGCGACUUUUACGUGACGAGCUACGAGUCGUCGUCGGGCGUCCUGGAGAAUCCCAAGCACUCGCUGCCGCCCAACACGACCUGCCGAUUUCACUUCCAGGCCAAGCCCAACGAGAUCGUCUGGCUGGCCUUCGUCAAGUAUUACGCGGCGACGCACGACCAGUCGAGCAAUUUGGCUGCUGCCGCUGCGGCGGCGGCGGCCGACUCGACCAUCACCCACGACUCGUCCUCGGUCGACUGCAACGUCAAGCUUCUCAUUUGGGACGGCGAACGCUCGGCAAAUGGAUUCGAUGGAUCGCAAGCUCCGAGCAAGGAUUCCACUAGCGCUGCUGAGAACGCCACGCUGCUCGGGGAGUUUUGCAAGGACGAGAUCCCGCGGCUGUGCGACCACAGCCUACUGCGAGGCAACGGCAGCAGCCGCUUGUACACGAGGCCCUGCAGCAUGAGCGAGUCGUACGUGUCGACGGGCCGCUACCUGACCCUCGAGCAGGUGCUGCGCCACGGCAGUGCCCUCUACCCGGUGAGCUUCGUCGUGCGCUACGAGUUCGUCCACCUGGAGGCCAGCAGCCACUCGUGCAACCGGCUCUUCUCGGCCAGCGGCUCGAGCGCCGGCAACGAGGCCCUCGCCUUCGCUUCGCCCCGCAGCGUCUUCUUCUACGGCCGAGGCGGCGCCGCCAACCUCAGCUGCACCUACAGAUUCGAGACCGGCGGCGACCGGCGUCUCGAGCUCAGCAUCAGGAGGGCGUCCUUCGGGGCGAGGAACUGCCGCAGCAGCAUCGAUCCGCUGGUCAAUCGAUGGUCCUGCGAGCGACCCGCUGCCAGCCAACGAGCCGGUGACGAGGGCAUAGCCGAGCUGAGGCUAGCCGAGUACCCGUGGCAGGGGGUGCAGCUGUCGCGCGACUGCCUCUGCUCGAACGUCAGCGAGCCACUGGUCUUCGGGAGCCUGUCCUCGUCGCGGCUCGAGCUCACCUUCCAGGUGAGCCAGAUGAACGUCACGCAGGACCACGAGGACUUUUACUUCGAGGCCGAGUAUCGCUUCGUGCCGGCCAACUCGAUUCCGGCCCCGGCGAGCCCGGCCCUCGAUCCCGUCGGCUCGGCUCCGGCGGCCAAUUCGGCUUCGAAGGAUUCCAAGGAUCACCGCUCGAAGCAGCAGCAGUCGUCCCAGCAGUCGUCCCAGCAGAAGCAGCAUCAGCAAAAGCAGCAGCGGCAGCAUCGGGACCCGAGCACGGUAAAUCAGGCCUCGCGAAGCUGCCACGGAGCGAGCUCCGACUCGUCGGAGCCGAGACUGAGCAGACUCGAGGACAGGAGGCUGCGCGGCACCAGCGGAGAGAUCGCGCUGAGGAGUCCGCCGAUCUCGAAACUGGCCAGUGGUCUCGGCGCCAGCAACGUGGUCACUUCGUCGGUCUCGUCGUCGGACACGAUCGCGAUGAGGCGCGGAGGCGACCGUCUCGGCAUCCUGGCCACCAUCGACGAGAGCCUCUCGUCGAGUCCGGUCAGCGACGGCCCCGGCAAAUCAGCCAGCGGGCCCGUUGGAGCUGGCAGCUCGGCCGCCAGCAGCGCCGCCGAAGUGACGCACUGCGUGAACGAGCCGUGGCUCAUCGAGCCCGAGGACUCGCGGCUGCACUUCCUCUACCUGAAGACGCCGGGCUUCCGGCUGACUCGGGAGAACGUCCACGAGUGCCCGACGCGCAACCGCAUCGUCAUCUACCCGGCCUCGAGCACGCACGAGCGCACCGUCGUCUGUCCCGUGGACGCCGGCAACUUCACCGGGCCUGGCCUGCGUCGGAGCAGACACGAUCGCGUGGUCGACCUCAUCAGUGGCGGUUGGAACGGCAACGGUUCCGUGUCCACCGGCUCGAUGUCGUCCUCGUCUCCUGGCUCGCAGCAGCACCAGCAGCACCAGCAGCACCAGCAUCAGCACCAACACGCCCGGAGCUUCGUCGUCGAGUUCCUGCAGCAGGAGCCGGGCAACUACGUCGUCACUUGGAUGGCCAUCUCGAAGCGGCUACUGGGAUCGUCGAGCAAACAGCCCGACCAAGCCAGCAGCUUCUUCGGCAAGGCCCUGUCGUCGUCCAACGUCGACUGCCCCUACAGGUGCCCGGAGCUGGACGCCUGCAUAAGCUCGCUGCUCUGGUGCGACGGCGUGCACCAUUGCCCGUCGGGCUUCGACGAGCGCGACGAAAACUGCUCCUAUCGUUUCGGGGUCACGCUGCUCUACGUGGCCGUCGGUGCCGGGGUCCUCGGCAUCUCCUUGAUCCUGCUUCUGGUCACUGGCUGUCUCAAGUACUGCCUCUAUCGAAGGAAGCGUGGACAGCGCCGGCGAUUGCAAAAGAAAUUACCAUCGCAGUCGUCGGCCGAGGAGCAGCAGCAGCAACUCCAACAGCAGCAGCAGCAGCAGCAGCAGCAGCGGCUGCAGCAAAAGAAGAAGGUGCAAGUGCUGAGCGUAAAUCAGCUGGGCAGCUCCGGCCAGAAGAACGGCACGAGCGGCAAGUCGAGCAAGAACGGAAAGGUCGACGCGGCGAAGAAGAAGCUGCACUCGUCGACGCUGCCGCAUCGGCCGGGCCAGCAGCAGCAGCAGCAGGUGCCCCGCUACGCCAACUCGACCUUCGGCCGCUCGACCAUCCAGCGCUACGGCGCCGAGCGGCCGAGGUUCUACCGGGCCGACGACCUCGACGAGGACGACCUCAUCGACCCGCACAGCUUCGCCGACAAAUACGCCAAGGACAGUAUCUGUUGACAGUACGCCAUGGCCUAUACAACCGAUGUCGCCCAAGACGCCGUCGAGACCACCGUCUAAACGAUGCCGCAUGCGAGAAAUAACCCUAUAUAAAUACCUCGAUGAUCCACAAUGUACCAUCGUGCGAUUCUUUUACUCCCUAGAUUCUAACGAGUUUCGUGUCUCACCGAGUGCGAUCGCGCGCCUCCCCCUCCCCCUGCACGCUGCGUCACAUUUACUAUUCCAUAAGGAAUUGGCGAAAUUGAAUUGUCACAUAGCGAUACGUAUACUUCUGUAAGUAGUAACCUUUAUAAAUGAAAUAACUGCGCUAUGUAUCGUUUUGUUAUUUUUUUAUUUUUUUUAUUUUUUUCAUUCGGUGGUUUACAGACCACCUCGUACUGUAUGAAUGUCGGAAGAAUUUUAAGCUUUUAAAUACAAUUAUCUUAUUAUACGUACAUACGGACGACGAUAGCUACGUCUAUUUUACACAAUGUGAUUUUUUUCAAUGUGAUGAUUAAUUUUAUCUGUAUAGCUAAUUAUACGGUGCGGCACUCACACAGUUAAUGAGUUAAUUUUAUCUCAAAGUGAUAAGUUAAACGAGACUGAGCGCGAGAGACGUUACAUUGAUUGUAACUUAUUUUUAUUUUUAUCAAGCUACGUGAGCGCACGACGCUACUUUCUUUUGGCGGAAGUCGCCUUUUUAAUUACGCUCCAUUGAAUUUGAUUUAAUAAAUGCGAUUUAGUCGAGAGGAGCAAUGAUCGCCGACGAGAGACAAAGACAACAAAGCAACGAUUUUUAGCUACAACGCACAGGCCUAACGAGUCCAAUAAUCGCCUUCGUUGACUGAAAUUUUUAUUAGUACAGAAACAUUACGUUUACUUUUCUCAUUACGAAUUAUUUCUCUGCUGAAAUGACUUUUCUAAAAAUGAUCAUCGAUGCGCUCGAGCGCAUUUUAUACACAUGUUCAUUGUACAUGUAUUACUUUACUCAGCUCAAAAUUGUUACUGCACACGAAAUUUGUACGCAGACUAAUUACAAGCAGAAUCGUAAAUUAAUCAAUGAAUAUUCUAUUGUGACACGUAAUUUUGGUGGGUCAAUGUACGAACGAAAAUAUCUCUACGCAUCUGACACAAUUAAUGCUAUUUUUUAUUGAACUUGUAACAUUUAUUUCAAGUGAAAAAAGCAUAAUUAAUGUAUUAAUUUAUCAAACUGAAAUAUCCUAUUUGUGUAAAAAAUAAAAAUAUAAAAACAAAAAAUAGGAGUAAUGAAGGAAGCCAAGAAAGUUUAUCUGAUAGUUUGCGGCACAAAUAAAUGUGAGCACAUGCCAAUCUCGCGCUCGAAACUCGAUUCAUAUAUUAUAUAUAUAAAUAUAAAUAUAGAUGAAUAUAUAUACACAAAUGCAUGAUAUACAUAUAAAUAAAGAGUCCGUCAAUCGCACACGUUUAUUAUGAAAUCUUCCAUUGUGCUGAUAUGGUGCUUAACGUUAACUCUCGGCUUGUGCAUAAGCGUAUACACAUUUUACACUUUUUUAUUUCUCUCGGUGGUAGUAUGUAUGCGUUGGGUCAGCGAACACAUUAUACUAUUGUAUCGUUGUCGCGCAACCUCUAUCUGCGAUAUAACACACUGCCAUGAAUAUUUUGUCGUACAUUUUUUCAAGUUUUUGCAGACUUCAGUCAUGAUUUUUAUGCUGCGAACCAUUUUAUACCAAAUUUUAAGAUUAUACCAAAAUGCAAUGAUUUGAAUGAAUGAGAUGCACGCGUGUAUUAUACUUUUGUACGUACUACUAAUUU